AUGAAAGGGAGAAGUACUAGUGGUGAUUACAGAGUAAGUGUUACAGUACUGGCAAAUGUUUUUACCUUUUAAUGAUAUUUUCAACAGUUACCUGACCAUGGUUUAUUGUUGUUUCCUUAUUUUAGGAUAGCAAAGUCAGUGAUAGUAGUACUUCUUUUGUCUCUAGCAAAACACGCAAAGCUGAGACCAUCACAAGCAAAAUUGAGGGAACAAAACUGCCAUUACAAAAUAACAAGAGCAUAACUGAGCUAAAUGGCUUUACUAAGGUCUUAGGGCAUAGUGAGAGUUUCAAGAAAACCUCACAGGUACUGAAAGAAAAGAAGGAACUCCCUGCUGAGAAGAUAUUUAAAACUCCUCCUGGAAGAAGAAACAACUUAGUACACAGCACAGGAUGCAAUUUGUCAGUCACUGAAAAUAAUGCGAUAAUAAUUGCAGACGAUGAUGAACUCAUCCCUCCUACACCUUCGCCAGCGGCACAGCACAGCUUUAUAAGCUGUCAAGUUCAAAAGGGAGGCUUGUCAAGAAAUAUUCAACACCCACAGAACUCUCCAGAUUUGUUCGAGGACAAAGCAGUUGUCACCAAUAAGUCAAAAAAGUUAGGAACAAGUACAAAGUCAAGUAAGGUGUCACAUGGUGAAAAGACCAAGAAUGAAGUCAAUGAUCUCUUAUCUACUGGAAAAGCUGAAUCAAAUAAUUGUUAUGUUAGAAAGGAGGAAUUAGAAAAAAGUGGCAUUACUUUAUCAAAAAAUACCUUUAAUUCUGCUAAGGCAUGCAGCAACAAUGAUACACAUUUGGGAACUGAUAUUUCAUCAAUGCAAACCACAAGCAGAAAAAUGUAUAAGCUGUCGAGAAAAGGAAGGGCAGCAAAGGUAGUUUCAACCCCAGUAAAGAAACAUGAUGUCUACAGUGGAUCGGGCAUAAAAUCUCCUCAAUUUAAUGAACCACUGCAAAAAGGAUCAGAGUCGUCCCAUGACAAGAUAUCAACUCCUGUUAUUGCUCCUUCGAAAUGUGUUGUUCUGAAAUCAAGAAUGAAAAGAGCAGCAACAAAAGGAAGCUCCCCAUUACAGAAACGAAUGCAGACAGAACUGUCCCCAACUGUUAAGGUAUUGUAAAUUUUUAAAAAAAUAUCACUCAACAAUAAUAAUUAUUAUUGGCAUGUGCCAUAAUCAUCAUCAUCAUCAUUAGAAUUAGUAUAUAAGUACCGCUUCGCAAUUAAGUUGCCGCUCUUUUGCAAGAUGACUCUUAUAUUAAAAGUUGCAAUAGUUCAGUUGUUUCACAAGAGAGUUAGAAACAGACUGUAAGUUUGUAUACAUGUAUGCUUUUGUUCUUUGUAGAAAUGUCUGAUGUUGAGAACAAAAUUACUCCCAAAUUUUCACUUUGUUACAGAUUUGUUAUGUUUAUUCAGGUUGUUAUAACCAUCCCUUAAGUCAGUAACUGAAUUUCAGGGGCCAUAGAUCAGCGAUCAAUCACUUCAGGACUAAGAUUGAUAACUGAGAAUACAUGUGUGCCCAGCAAAAAAGGAGCUUUAGACAACCUGUUAAUUCUCAUUUAUACUACAUUGUAUUUUGUCUGUUGAAGCAUCAAAAUGUACCAUCAGCUAAAGCCUCAUUUCCUUGCAGAAUGCUGUAAAACAUAAUCUUUGGGAGAAAUUGGAUGAGUGUACAGAGGGUAACAAUUCUGAGGAACAAGUGGUAAAUGUAGCUCCGAAUUCUGAACAGUACAUCACUACAAAUAACCAUACAGAGGAUAAGAACAUGAUAGAAGAAUACAUGAUGGACACUUCCUUGGCAGAUAGUCCACUGAAUGAAAAAUUGUUGGAAUCCCUACAAUCAAUUGACAUUGAAAAGUGGAACCACAAAGAAAUGAUUGUUGAUAACAAUCAAAAUGACAUUGGGGAAUGUGGGGCAACUGCAACUGAAAAAAGGAACGAGCAAGUUAAAUCGCCAGACGAAAAAGAGAACCAUCAGAAUUUUGGAAUAAAUGCUAGUACCAAUUCUGGUGUGGAAUUGAAAAGCUAUGUAUCACAGCAGACACCUUCAAAAGUGAUGAACACAUCGGUGGACAGUCUUGUUGAUGCAGCAGAAUUGGAAAGCUUGUUGGAUGGAGUAGAGUGGUCACCAAUGAUCAGCAUUCCUGAUAAUCAACAUAGUUCAAGGUACUAAUAAAGGCAAAAUUAAAUUGAUACGGAAGUAGUGUAUCUGAUCGUAAUGCUGCUUUUCACUAGCAAAAGAGUCAGAGUCGAAAUCGUAAUCAGAAGUGUAGAGCAUUUUGACCUUGGCUAGCGAAAACUACAGUGUUUUGAUCCCUCUAACGACUCUGUUGCUUAAAAGCAGAAGUGGAAGGACUAAACCAGUCAGAAAUCAUCUAAACAAGCUUUGUGAUUAGUUUAAAGUUCAUUUUCUUCUUCCAACUCCAACAAUCUGGUUUUCACUACAUCAAUGAACAUGGAGCUGUAAGCAGAGUAGUUAAAAAGAGAAACAACCUGAUACUUCGGACUCUGAUUAUGUCAGGCUUGUGACUCUGGACAGUUAUGAUAGUUAAUAAUUUUCACUAGGUCGUGAGUGUUGUUACAGAGCAGGACACCCUCUUACAGUCCCAACUCCAACUGCUAAACUAUUGAAAACCAACCUUUAAUCUCUUUUACCAUUCUACAGCAGAAACAGUUCAUGCAAGGCAUUAUUCUCCCCUUCCAAAAAGUUUGAACGAGCUGCUUCAAUAUCUAGCGAUCUUCAAAACAAAUGUUCUCUCACUGGAAGUAGGAGAAGUAGAAGCUACAGUCGCUUUUUGGUUCUGGAGGUCUCCCGCAGAGAGGUGCUAGAUGACGAAGCGAUGACUAAGUAUGGGAGAAAAUUGUCAGAGAAGGUGCUUCGGCUUUUUGAUGAGACAAUAAGUCAAGAAAGGUUUUGCAGUCUGAGGGAAGACUGGGAGCCAAGUGAAGUUGAGCCUGGUGAUGUUGUGCAUUUAACAGGUAUUCAUGAUUUUCUUGGAUUGCUAGUGUCACUUUGAGGAAAUUCUGGUCUAUACAGUGUAGUUUGAUGACUUCUCCAUAUUGUUUGUAAUUACAGGAACAUUUGACCCAAAGACAGGAAUGUGCAUCCUUGACAAUUCAGCAGACCACUACCUCGUAGUUCAUCCGGAUACUUUAGUCUCUGGAACUACUGUUGCUAUGGCAACUAAGUGUCUGCGUCAAAGCAUUUUCAAUGAGCGAUUUCGCACAGAAGACCAGAAUGAGGCAAUGUUGAUUGGAACAUUGCUUCAUGAUCUGUUUGAUCUAGCCAUGGAAUGUCAAGGUAAGCAUUCCAGUAACACCACUUGCUGAAUGAGGACAGGCAGAAGCCUAUAACCUGCAGUGAGCAAAUUCCUUGUACUUGUGUCAUGGCAUUUUCACAGACCAUUUUAUUUCUUCAACGAUUUUGGUGUGAAUUUAGAAUAUAAUUAUAUUUUAAUUCUCACUAGAUUUUUUUUUCCUGGGAGAGGGUGUCUGUACCAGUCCACAAAGCCUACAGACCUGAAAAUGAUAUUUUUGACUUUUCAUUCUGUUUAGUUUUACUUUUUCAUCUCUUAUGCUUCAGGGGGAAAAGUGCUCUAAAAUGUAUCUAAAAAUAAACUGGUCUGCGAUGAUGCCAUGACAUAGGCCAAGUAUGGGAUUUGCUCGCUUCAAGUUAUUGGCUCUUGGGACAGGUAAAGAGUCGAGUGGGGAGAAUACUCCUCCAAGGGUAUUUUAUGGUUGUUCCCAGUGGCUGAAGAAUAAAAACCAUGAAAAGUGUCCAUUAAGAAUGUUACAUAGCCUGUGGUACUGCACAGCACCUCUUUAACUAUCCACCACUUGCAUGUGUAAGUAAAUACAUCUCUGAUUCCUCUGUAAGUAUUAUAUAGACUUGCCCACUAGAAUCUGCCAGAGAGCUUAAGGUGGUUGUUAUCAACACAGAUUUUAGCAUCCUCAGAGACUCCCUAAAAGAUUUGUCACAAAUAAAAUUUAAACGAAAAUAGGAGAAGAAAAGGCUGGAAAAAUAUUGAGCUGCUUCCCAAUGCUUUCUAAGAUUACAACAAAUUGUUUGCACCAAAAGAGACUAUUUUGAAGUUGUCAGAUUUUAACUACAGCUUGCUACUGCCACUUUAAGUUUGACAUGAAUUUGGCUUCAAACACAGUUUUGUACAGUUAAUUAUUACAAAUAUAAAAUUUGCAAGGGCUGUGCUCCAGCAGUGCAACCCAAUAAUCCAGACUGGGCAUCUACUUUAAUCUUGGACUACUAAGAGAAAAAAAUCAUCUGCUGUGCACCCUCGAUUUCAAAGGUUCAGAGCACUGGGCAACCUUCAACAAUUUUUUUUCUCAGUGCACAGCCUUAGUUUCACUUCUGGGUUUUCUCCAAGGGAAGUGUUGAUCAUAAUAUUACGCUUCAUUUAUAGAAUUUACACCUGACGCUCUUUUGACGAAAGCCUGUGAGCUUCUCCAGAAACUCACCUACUUAGAUGAUCUUUACAGCUUGGGUCAGACAGAAAACUGGGCAUUGGAGAAAUUUAAGGAGCAUAUUCCGCUGCUAUGUGACUGGGCCAAGAGAUUUGUGGCUCCUUUUCCCCACCCUGAUUUUGGGACCAUGGACUUUAAGACUUCUGAUAAUCCACAUGAUUCUGAGCAACCCAGUGUGUGUGUAUCAGCGCUAAAGGACAUUGAAGAGAACAUCUGGUCACCCAGAUUUGGAUUAAAGGGUAUGCAAAUUGCCCAUUUCCCUGUUGUGUGGAAAAAACAGCCACUCACAAAGCUGGAUGUCCAUAGUAUCCCCCUGGUUGUCUAGAAAUUGAAGUAACCUAAAAAGUUAAGUUGACAAUAAUGGGGUUUUGCUAAAAGCAGACCCACGGCCCAAGACCGGUGGCGGCCCGGUGAAAACCGACAAUUGCCUAGGGAAUCAAACGUUUUGAACUGGGCAACAUGCAACAAACAGACACAAGGAUUUGAACGGAUUAAAAUGAUUAACAUGGUAAACGAAUUCAAACUCAUCGUUGUCUAUUUUUCACGCCCGUACUCGUUGCAUAUCUGUGGAUGCGCCACUUCUAAAGAAGUCAAAUGAUUUUGAAAGUUUUUAAUUUUGGACGUUGGUAUUAAAAAAUUCAUUGUGAUGUACGAGAGGGGUAGAUCAUAUUUAUGACUGCUUAAAUGAUAUUUAUACUUCUGUACGGUAUUGCUUUAGGCAAGGUUGAUGCCACAGUUGAGGUGAAAAUUGACAGAAGAGCUAAAAUCAAACGACACAGGCCUGAUACAGGAAAUCAAGUGCAGACCAAAGUGAUACCAUUGGAGCUGAAAACAGGAAAAAUGUUUACUAAACUUGGUGAGUUUCAACACUAAAGUGUUUUGCAAUCGUUUUCAGUGACGUUCACAUAAAUACUUUUCCCUCCUUCACCACCACAUUUCGAUAGUUUUCCCUCCACCUCCAACACCUGAAACCUACCAAACCGGUUAAACGACCAAAAGAUCGCACACAAGCUUAUCUUAAUGAGAUUCCCUCACAUUAUGUUCAUGAGAUAAAGACAAACGGCGAUGACCUCAUUGGCGUUAAUGUCUUCCUGUGGAAAUUAAUGAGAUUCCUGCGCAAAAAAGGGGUUAAUUCGGUGCGCACUAUACUACUAAAUUCAGACUUCUGCUACUCGGUUGUCCGCUUUUGUUAAUCUUUCCUAUUAUUACAGACCGAAUUGGUCCCGACUCAGUGUCAUUAUAGGGAAUUUGAUAUGAAAACUCGUACUCGUACCAAUUCUAACGGUCCCUGUUACUUCUACAAGCCGAAGAUUUUGGCUGAAAAUUACUUAUAGACUUUUUCCGCACUUUAAUUCAGUGAACAAACAUUAAAAAGGAGGCUCUCAAUGGGGUGGAGGCUUUUCACGAAAAUUUUUUGCUUUUCUACGGUUAACGGUCAAUUUCUCUCCGUUGAGUUUAACAGAUAUUUGAAGAAUCAAUUGUUUUGAAAAAGUCAGUAGUUUACGGUAUUCAACUCUUUCAUUAUGAUACUAAAGUGUGUUAUUGUUUGUUGUUGUAGGUUCAGUUGAGCAUAGAGCGCAAGUUAUUCUCUACACUCUCCUCAUGUCUGAUCGUUACUCUCACUCCGUUGAUGCUGGCUUGCUGUAUUACAUGAAAACAGCUCACAUGCUCGGCGUGCCUGGCUUUCUGUAUGAAAAGAGGGCUCUUGUGAUGAAAAGGAACGAGGUAGCACGUUACUUGACACUCAACAGGGCUGGGACAACAGGCACAAUGCCAGGUGAAUUAUUUCUAUAUUUCGUAUUUUUCACAACGUAGAAUAAGCACCACGCUUAAUCAAAAUUCCGUCAAAAGUAGGGCUUCUAAUCAAAGGGGACGCUGUGAAGUAUUUCCUUCAACAAACUGUCUUUGUACUCUUUUGGGGGCUAAAUCAGAAGUCUACAAGGUGGUGAAACCAGCGAUAAACCGUGAACCGCCUCAUUUGGAUCCAAUAUCCUUACAAUCUUUGUGAAUUUGUACGUUGAAACGUGUGCAAAAGUUGUGACGGGGGGAAAAAAUCUUUCCGACGGGGUUUGGCUGGCAAAUUAGAAUGAAAAUAAUGAAUAACUUGCCCCGCUUCUCAUUUUCACUUCCUUUUUAGACAUUUUUACGCGCCUUGGUAUUUUUGUAAAAUCUUUCCUGGGAUAGUGAAACCUUUCUAAAUGGUAAAAGUGGGGGCGUAUAGGGAAUAGAACAUGUAGAAAAGAAACUAAAUAAAUUGCAGAGCUUAAACAGCUUUUCGUGCCGAAGAAUGACUGUACUGUCUAGGAGCAAUCUGAGUAUUAGCAAGACUUAUGCCCUUUUAUUAUUAUUUUGCUCUGAGCCCAAGCUUUUAAUUAUUUAUUUUAAAUCAUUCUGUACGUAGCUAAAACAAAGAACAACUCAAGAGAUAAUUUAACUUUACAUUCCCAGCUAUGUUAAAAGAUGUCAAUACAUGCCGACGUUGUUCUCAAGCUCAAAACUGCACAGUGUUCCACAAAGCUGUUGAACGGGGAGAUGGCGUGACCAGUGGACUGGGAUCAUUUUUUAACGAGAUGACAGACCACAUGACUAGGACCUACGUAAACUAUUUUACAGACUGGUUUAAACUGGUUUGUCUGGAAGGCAAAGAGAUGGAAGAAAAGAGGACUCAACGGGAAAUUUGGUGUCUAGAUGGAUGGGAGAGGGAGAAGUUAGGCCGCUGUUUCAGUAGCAUGGUACUCAGAACGUGUGAUCACGACCCGAUGUCAAGCAGUAGUCGCUAUUGUAAACAUGUAUUUGAACGGGCCUUGGAUCAUCCCAGUUCGAUACCUUUGCAGGAUGUACCUAUCAGCGUCGGAGACAGAGUGAUUCUGAGUGAAGAGCAUAGUGGGGCCGUAGCUCUUGCUGCAGGUACUUAGAGUUUGUGUCCCAUUGGCCAGUCUGAAAUUAAGCGCGAGUCUGGGUCGGAGUUAUGUUGCAUUGCAUCAUGUUUUAAGGACGCUGUCGCUACUUUCAUUAGGAAGCUUUAGCAUCGACUGCGGCGACGGCAGCGAAAACGUCAUGAAUUUGCCUCUUUUCAAACUUUGUCGUGUUUAUUCCAACUCGUUAAAAAUGCCAAAUGUAGUUGAAUUUCCCUGGAGUUGAAUUAUUAGAGACCGCAGAAAAGUUUAGAAAGAGGAAGAUAAGUUCGUCGUCGUUUGUUUACGUCCUCCAUUAAACGUCGCAUGAAGGAGCCGGCGGGAGCGAUGAAGAAUUGUACCAAAAAGUGUGCCGCACGUGCUCAAUUGUUGUUUUUCUUAUCAAACUUCUUGCUUUUUUGACGUUCUCGUUGUCGUCGGCGUGCUCGUUGCUAAAGCUCCCUAUUAGCUGUUACGAAGUUACGCGGGGAACUAGGUCAAAAUUCCUCCCCCAAACGAUCCCGUGAUGCAAUUUGAUGCUGCACUGACCCAGUAUGACUCCAGGGCCUCACUAGGGACAAAGUUGCAAAUUUUUCACGACUUAAUUGUCUCGCAAUUCCCAGAAGAAACACGAGCACAAAGAAAACCAAGCCAAAUGUAGAAAAUAACCAGAAAGUCUGGGAGUCAUGUUAGAAUUUCAAAUAUAUCGAACGUGGGCUAUUCAAAAUAAUCAAGAGGGUUGCCCAGAAAUAUUUAAUAUAUUUGGUCAUUAUUAUUAAUAUUUUGAUUCUUCAGAAUCAUUUUUGAUUUUAUUUGCUUCUGCCCUACAGGUUACGUCCAUGAAGUUAAAAAGGAGGAAGUUGUUGUAUUAUUGGACAGAGAUUUAAUGAAAAGGUAAACCUCAUAACAUAGCACCCCUACUUACCAAUUGAAGAGAUUCGUUAAAUCGAGGUUCCACUGUAGCUGAAGCUCGAAACUUCUAGAGUAUUUCAGCUUCUCUCGACUCGCUGAUUCAGGAGCGAGGUACGUCGCUUUUCGUGAGAAAACGCGACGCUCGAGAUGAAAAUGCUAUGUUCAUACGCGCUCGCGUGGCUUGCCUUCUACAAUGAAAGUGACGCAAUGCUUAUUACGUCAACUUUCAUGAAACAGGACCCGUGCAGCUACCAUAGGACGCUCUAAAAGUCACCUCGCAUUGUUUUCAUUUAAAACAAGGUAUGAUAACCAAACUGAAGAAACAAGCUCGAGAAUCUAUCGCCUGGACAAAGAUGACGAGUACAGUACGCUAUCCAGCCUGUGGUCCAACAUGGCGAGGCUUUUUAAAGGUGAAUCAGAACGAGACGCGCAACUGCGACGACAAAUCAUUGACCUGGAACCGCCUGUGUUUUCAAGGAAAAGAAGAAAUGACACCGUGGCCAUGUCAAGUCAGACAUCACAAAUCACGGACUACUUCUCGCAACAGUCACCGUAAGUUUCAUUUUGUCCUGGUAAAUAAAGGAUUAAUUCGCAACAAUGAUAACCCAAGUCCUUUUGUAAGCGUGAUUUCAAGAGUUUGGAGGAGAUCUGCUGAAAACGUUCUCUUGCUUUGGGUACGCGCGCUAAUUUCUUUCUGUUCCGUUCAAACUAAAAUAAGAAAUUUAAAGGAUAAGAAACUGUAGCUACUUUUUACUGCGCACAUGAGAGUGAGGAAGUAAAUGCAAUCGUGGGCUAGAAUUUUCGUCUUGAAUUAAUGCGAAUAUGCCCUUGAAGUACUGGGUCCAGCAUUCGCCUAUUAAUUAAUGCUUGCAGCUUCCUGGUCCGUUUUCCUAUGACUGAUGACAUUAGGAUUUGCACUUUCAGGUGUUGAUUUGAUUAUUAAGAAUAUCCAGAGGGGAUAUUCUAUCUUGGAAUAUGCUCCAGUCACCCUUAGUCUUCUCCUAACCAAGAGAUCAACGCUUCUAUUUCCUUUCAAGUGUAGACACUAUUUAUAGCUAAGAUUUUAUCUUGUUUCUAGUUCUCAAAGCAACAGAAGCCAGAAAGUCCACACUGAUCCCGCUACAGAGGCCAUUCUUCAGGAACUGAACACAGAUCAGCGUAAGGCAGUGUCCAAAGCAUUGUGUGCUCAUCAUUAUGCUCUGGUUCUUGGUAUGCCCGGUACGGGCAAAACCACAACAAUCUCCUGUCUGGUCCGCGUGUUGGUAGCCUGUGGUAAAUCUGUUCUGCUAACCAGUUACACUCAUACUGCUGUAGACAAUAUCCUGCUUAAGCUAAAAGAGGUUUGUGUCUUCAGUGCUGUUGGCUUAUCAAAGAACAAGUUUUUCUUUUGAACAGUCUGUUUUUAGUCCGCAUUUUUUCUACGCACCGGUGAGUACGAGAGUUCUCUCAAGCUACGGUAAAACAAACGUGCCAAUUGUUUUGCAACGUUGCUACAAAACGAGCUGAAUAUAGAUGUUGCCCGUUUUACCAACCAAGGUCAAACCUGUCUUACAACAAACUGAGGUUGUUACUAGUUGCGUGAACACUGUCGUUUGACUGGAUGAAAUUAUGCGGAAGUCACGCCAUGCGGGGGAGUUACGGCACUUGCUGUAAAAACAAGUUUGCCUUGGGCCGGUGAAACGCGCAACAUGUACAGAGUUUGAUGCAAAAAAGAGUGCUCUCUACUUUCUGCAGCAACCUGAUUUGUUGCAAGCAGCCACGUUGAUUCGUGGGUGGUAAAACCCACAACGUCGCUAUUCAAGUCGUUCAGUUUUGCAGCAAUGUUGCAAAACAAGUUGCCCAAGUUUGUUGUCCGCUUUACCGCACCUUUAGGUUGUGGAGCACGAAUGUGUUAGGUUCCAGUGACCCGAGGGGCUUUUAAGAGUGCAUCCUGCUUGUUCAAUGAGAAUAUUUGUUAAAUAGGGGGCGAUAAUACGUUAAAGCACGAAAAGAAAACCCCUUAAGGUAACGUUAAGAACCGUGAUUAUGUUAUUGAGACGUUGGGCUGGUUAGUCUUAAACGCGGGUGGUGGAAGAAAAAUAAAAAAAUCUCUAACCCCUUCUUUUCGGCAGGCAAAAGUGGAUUUUCUCCGGCUUGGUCAAGUGCACAAAAUUUUACCUGAAAUACAGUCAUACAGUGCUCAGCGAGCGGCAGCUGGUAUCAAGACGGUCAAUGAACUCAAGCAAUUCUACGAAUCUAAGGUAACAAAUAUGUUCACAAAGGUUAGCAUUUGAUCCGCUUGGACAACUUAUGACGUUUACACAUAAUAGUAUUCCUUAUCGCUUCCACACUACGUAUCUACAAUACAGGGGAAGCCGAAGCGAUAAGAAUAUUACGUCGUGUAAACUUCAUACGGUGUCUAAAAGGGCUUAAACCGAUGGUAACCGCUACAAAAUAAUUAAAAGUCAGAUAGCGGGCUUUGGGAAAGAACCCUCAAAGGUGGUUGUACUUAUCAGAAAUGGAGGUCUGCAAUAACAAAGUCGAAAUUAAUGUAGUUGAAUAGAGAGGAAAAGUGUGACGUCACGUUACCAUGGUAGCAAAAUUUCUGGGCCCGGCUGUUUGAAGGCCGAUUAGCGCUUAACCCAGGGUUAAAUUUAACCCGGGUUUCUAUUUCUUUUGUUCAAAAGCAUUUUCUCGGAUAAUUUUCUCUUUUAUUUUUAAGAGCAUCCAAUUAUCAACUUGUUGACAAAAAGAAUCAAACUGAAAUUGCUUUCUAAGCUUUCAUUUCUGAAUUCAAAUUUUGGACUAACCCUGGGUUAUCUUAACGCAGCUUUGAACAACUCGGCCCUGGAUGACAACAAUAGGGAGUUUAUGCAACGGCGACGGCGAGCAGCAAAAAAAAAGUAGGUUUAGAUUGGCAAAAAAACAUCUUUCCACGUGUAUCACGUUUUUUUGCACAUUUCUUAGCCGUUGUUGCACGACCGCGACAUCAAACUUCCUAAUUUCACGCGCCCGCUUUAUGGAGUAAGUGAGCACAACACAAAAAUUUUGUUUAUCUUUUUCUAAACUUACAUACGGUCCUUUCGGAUUUAACCCAGAAAAUUUCGCCAACAUGUGACAAAUUAAAUGAAAUUAUAUAAGAUCGAUGAAGUUUGAAACAGUACGAAUCCACUUUUCAAGUGACGUUUUGGUUUGUUGUCAUCUAAAAAUUUUGCUACCAUGGCAACGUGACGUAACGACUUCUCCUCUCUAUUCUGAAAAGUUUUAAGCGUCGAAGAAACAAUGUACAGUCAAACGCCGUUAAUACAGACACUGAGGGGGGCACAGAAAGUGUUCUUAUCAACGGUGUGUCCGUAUUAGGCGGGUUGAAUUUAGAGAAAGUGAGGGCUUUCUUUCCACAGAGACAAAGCAAACUGUCUGUAAUAAUGAGGUGUCCGUAUUAAGCGGGUGUCUGUAACGCGGGGUUUGACUCUAAAUAGAAAUUUAAGGAUAAAAUUGAAUACAAACGUACUAGAUAUGGAAAUUCAAGAACAAUUAUUUUAUGGAGAAAAUGCAGAUCUAAAUUUUAAUCACUUUGCAAAGCACAUUUCUAGCCUACUGCACUUACUCCGUCAAUAAUUCGUGAAAUAUGAGGAUGUUUUCUCUUUAUUAUUUGAGUCCCUUUUUCCUUAGUCUGUAGUUGCGACCACGUGUUUGGGUGUGAACCACGCCCUGUUUUCCCAGCGUUCGUUUGAUUACUGCAUAGUGGACGAAGCUUCGCAGAUAACGCAGCCUGUAUGUAUUGGGCCUCUCAGACGAGCUCGUGUCUUCAUUUUAGUAGGAGAUCAUUAUCAGUUACCGCCAUUGGUACAAAGUGUAGAGGCCAGGUAACUUAAAAGUAAUUACCGUCACGUCAGGAGCCCAUAAGUCCGAGCGAGCAACUCCCAUACUAGGCCUAUGUGACAGAGUUUUCACGGACCGGUUUUUUUUAGAUACAUUCCAGAGCACUUUUUCCCGCGAAAAUGAAGGCUCCGCUCCGUUCAUGAGCGCGUUAUAAAUAUAAGAUGCGACAAUGGAAAACUAAACGUCACUAAAAGGUCAAAAAUGUCAUUUUCAGGGGUUUUGGUGUUGCUGACUGGUUUGUGGGAAGAUAUUCGAAAUUCGCGCGAAAACCGUUCUAAAAAUAAACUGGUCAGUGAAAACGCCGUGACGCGAGUAUAUAGAAGGUGCUCUCCCGGGUUAUGAGCUCCGGUUACUUCUGUCCUUAUAGAUUUCAUGCAUGUGAAGUAAGGAGAUUCAAGACCGUGUUUUAUAAGCAUGUGUUAAAGAAGAAAAUGUAGACGGAUAAGGUCGGCGUAGAUUAUAGUGGUUUAAAGCUGCGUACCGCCAUUUUGCGCAGACAGGUCUCAUGAAAGGUCAACCUAAAGAAACUGAACUAUGCGUAGAAGUUAAUAAUUAUCAUAUACCUCGCCCUCAAAGGCGAGAAGCAAUCUUACGACAUUAUUGUCGUUGUCUUUGAACAUAUUUUCCAUAUUAUGUUUCUUUAAAACUACAUAGAGCUUUUAACUGUCCAUGUUUUAAAUGGAGCUUGUUUGUUCGACAGAGAAGGGGGAAUGGACGUGAGUUUGUUCAAACGUCUCUCUGAGCGGCAUCCCCAUGCGGUUGUCAGCUUGGAGCAUCAGUACCGAAUGAACCAGGACAUCAUGGAGCUGUCCAAUACUCUGAUAUAUGAGAAAAGGCUCAAGUGUGGCACAGAACGUGUGGCACGUGCUGUGUUAGAACUACCUGAGUGGGAUGAACUGCUCAGUUAUAUCAAGGAAAACACCACGGGUAAGACACGUUUAUGUUUUGAAUGACCUGGAAAUAUAGUAAAUACCUUCUAUAACGGAUACUAUAUGUUCUUCCCCCCCCCCCCCCCCCUCCUCCCUUCAUUUACAGCCGAUGACACUCAAUCCUGUAACUGAAGGCUUUCAAAGAAGGACCCUUCUCUGAAGCAGAAACCUAAAGUAGGCCCUUUGCAGCUUUAGAGUCACAUGGUAUAAAAACACCUGAAGAGCAAGCGGUGCAAAGCAGGGACCUUUAAAAAAAGAAUUUAGCUUUUUUUUCUUGUCCCACCACGUUUCAUACCAAUAAGCAAUAGGUUAUUCAGAGUACAAAGAAAGUCAGUUUGACAGGUUGCCCAAAUGAUAAGCUGCAGCUAGCAUGCACCAGCCCAACAGUCAUUCCAACGAGCCCGAAAAAAAAAUUGAUGAGCAUUGCAGUUCUUUUGUAAUUUGUAUUGCCCACAAAACUUCAUUUGCUCGUCUGGCAAGUUAAAAACAGAAUUCACCAGCCCGAUAGCAGAAUCUACUAGCCCCGGGCUAUCGGGCACCAGUUACGCUGUUAUUGUACCAUUCGACAGUCUAGCUACUAAUGGCCCUUUUUUUUUUUCAACUAACUUCAUUCGCUUCUUUUCCGCGCGGCUCUCUAAACGACGGGUGGCAAAAAUUGUACCUCGCUGACCUUUUUCACAGUAACUGAGCCCUAUGGAAAACAGGCACGCACCUUUAUCUGUUAAUCGCAAGGCUUUAGAAUCGAAAGAGAGUUCACCUGUGACCUUCUUUAUCUCCAGAUACCUGGCUUCUUGAUGCUCUUACACCAAGUUGCCCUGUAGUGUUCCUAGACACCGACCAAGUUCCCGCACCGGAAUCACGCUCCGAGCACCUUGUAUCCAACGAGACAGAGGCCUUGUUAGUACAUCAACUGGCCUGUGGACUAUUAAAAGGUGGCCUACAGCCUGCAACAUUGGGAAUCAUCUCUCCUUACAGGCACCAGCUGAAGCUUAUCUCGCAAGUGGUUUACAGGGACGCGAAACAGCAGGAAAUUGAAAUCAACACCGUUGAUAAAUACCAGGGUCGCGACAAGUCCUGCAUUAUCGUGUCCUUGGUGCGUAGUAACGAGCAUUGUAAUGUCGGAGAUCUCUUGAGAGACUGGCGCCGAGUCAACGUUGCUGUAACUCGUGCCAAGAGGAAGCUCAUUCUGAUUGGGUCGCUGAGUACACUUAAGGGAAGUUUGUUAUUGCAGGAGCUUUUUGACCUUUUGGAGAGAAAGGACUGGGUACUGGCUCUACCUCGUGGUGCACACAAUCUGAUGGAGUUCAUGGGAACUUCGUCCCAGGCUACUCCGGUCAAGAGCUUAGGAACCCCGGGGAUUCGCUUCUAA